AAAUAGUCAAAUUUCUUAAGGGGCAAUAUCGUCUUUUGCUACAUAAUAUCCCAUGCCUGGAAGGUCACAUUCUUGUUGUCACAAGUGUAUAACCCCCACCACAACCAAAGAAAGGCGUUUCUCCUUUUCGGAAUUUCGGAAAUCAAGACCCAUAGGAGUGCCCGACUUGGAGUUUCCUACCGUAUAUCAAAUUGAGGUUCGGGGAAUUUCAUAAUAUUGGGUAGAUUUUACAUUAAUUCAUGUCAGGUAAGUUCAAUCCAUCCCUUCUUUUACUUGUUUUCAAGUUACAGUAGAUCUUGCUCUCAUGUUCCAUCUAUUAUCUGUUUUUCGAUCUAUGUCUCCAUUUUCGGCUUCGGGGUUUUGAUCAUCGUCGUUUUCUGGAAAUAAUAUUUUCUUGAGGUGAAUCCCAAAGUAAAGAACAAUCCACCACUUCUUUUUAUCCAUCAUUUUAAAUCCUUGAGAUGGCUGAAAGAGCAUGUGUAAAGCGUCUUCAGAAGGAGUAUAGAGCACUUUGUAAAGAACCCGUUUCACAUAUUGUUGCUCGCCCUUCCCCAAAUGAUAUUCUUGAGUGGCAUUAUGUAUUGGAGGGAAGCCAGGGAACCCCUUUUGCAGGUGGAUAUUACUAUGGAAAAAUCAAGUUCCCUUCAGAUUACCCAUUUAAACCUCCAGGAAUCAGCAUGACCACUCCCAAUGGUCGAUUCAUGACACAAAAGAAAAUCUGCCUAUCAAUGAGUGAUUUCCAUCCAGAAAGUUGGAACCCUAUGUGGUCAGUUUCAAGUAUCCUGACAGGACUCCUGUCCUUCAUGAUGGACAGCAGUCCUACCACUGGUAGUGUGAAUACAACUGUUGCAGAGAAGCAACGUCUUGCAAAAGCAUCUAUGGCCUUCAAUUGCAAAAACCCAACGUUUAGGAAACUGUUUCCUGAAUAUGUGGAGAAAUAUGAAGAACAGUGGGUAUCAGAACAAGCUGUUGUGGAAGAGGUGGAGGGAUCACCUGUGGUUGCAAGGAAGGAGGAGAAUUUACAACCAUUGGUGGAGAAAAAGGAGGUGAAGAGAAUGGAAUUGGCAAAGGAGGAGGAAGUGAAACAAGCCCGGAAACAGUCAUUCCCGACUUGGAUGCUGCUGUUGCUAGUUUCAUUUGUUGGUCUUAAAAAAAGAAAAAGUGCAUACACAUCAACAUUUCAUUUCAUGAAACAAUAUGAACUUCUCUUUCGCAGUUCUCUUUCGUCUUCUUCUUCCCAUUCCUCCAUAGUACUGGUGGUAUCCAAGAAAAGGUUAAUAAUGAACGAGUUUGACCCAGAGUUGGAUUUUGCACAGUUCUUGGAGGAAGCAAAAACACAUGCAUCACAAGAAGAAGAAGAAGCUCGAAAGGAUUCAAAGGAAAAAACAAAGGCUAAAAGAUCAUGGAAAGCUUCUAUUUUGUCAUGGAUGAAAGCCAACAAGAAAGAGGAACAACAACAACUAACGAUAAAAACCGAAUACAGAAAACCCACAAGAAGACAAGGGUAUGUUUCAGGCCCAAUAAAUGGGGUCAAAGGCUGCAAAACUCAACGACUUAAACGACAAAGUUCAGGACCUUUAUCGGGUCUAUUUCAUCAAACAACGAAAAUGGAAGAGUUUCAGAUGCCAUAUACAUCACUAGGGAAGCUUAAUAAAAGUCCUGAGAAUCUUUCAAAUUAUGGUCCUGUAUAUUUGGUGACAUAG